GAUCAUCAUAUAUGGCAUACGUAUUAAUUACAAGUCUCCUUCGUUCAUGCCAUGCUGUACUUACAUGCUUCUACCAUCAGCGCUCAGUGUCAAAAGUCAUGAUUCUCUCACAGAACAAAUGGCAGUGCGGUUAUAUAGUGGUGAACUGGUGAACUCUUUCAGUCAGCAACAAUGUCUUCCUCGGCGCAAGAUCCUAUUCCACAACUUGACCUGGGAAAGACGUUCGGGGCACUUUUUAUUGGAGUUAUCCUGGCAGCAGUUCUCUUUGGGCUAACCAAUGUCCAAGCUUUCAUAUACUUGCAGGCGCAUAGAAGCGCUGGGAUAACAUUUUUCAAGUUGGUUGUUGCCUGGCUUUGGAUAUUUGAUGCUCUGCACCUGGCCCUGACAAUCCAUUGCGUCUACUAUUAUUUGGUGACCAACUAUGCGAACUUUGGUGUACUCACGGAAAUCGUAUGGAGUCUCAAACUUCAGUUAGUAAUCAACAUUCUCAUCGUUCCUAUGGUACAUCUUUUGUAUGUUCAUCGUAUAUGGAAAGUAAGCAAGGGUCGAUCAAGAAUUUUCCCGGUCAUAGCAUUGGGCAUAAUCGUGGCCCUAGGUUCAGGCAUUGCUAUCACCCUUGCGUGGGCGCAAUAUAAGGUCAAAUUCUUCAAGGAUUUGGUUAGCAUCGAGUGGAUGACAUAUCUGUCUUUGGGAACGGCCACUUUUAUUGAUAUUCUCAUCGCAUCAUCGCUAUGCUAUCUCCUUGCCACUUCACGUACUGGGUUCUCUAGCACCGAUUCAUUCAUAACAAAGCUUGUGGGCUAUACCAUCAGUACCGGCUGUCUGACAAGCAUUUGUUCGAUGUCAAUCAUAAUCACAUGACGAAGUGUAUGAUCAACAACACAUUCUACCAUGAUCGUGCUGACCAGCGGUAUAUACCGU